GAGAGAGCGCGGUUGGCAAGCAGUGACAGAUUGGCAACGGCACUACAGGACAAGCAUGUAGCCUACAGCCGGAGGAAGGGUGUGCAGCAAGAAACAAACGCGUGUAAAAAUCAAUAGAUAGGUUUAGUUUAGUUUGGCCUCUGAGGGAAAUGUAAAUGAGGUUCCAAAACAAAUAAGAAUAGACAAGGGGAUAUAAAGGAAGGAGUGAAAAACUGCCUUGAAUGACAAAUAAUAGAGUUACCGAGGCGCACAUAACAGCCAAAGACGAAGGAAUGCGCAAGUUCUAGCACAGACUGAUUAGGCCCGCCAAAGCGAUAUAUUAGCGUCUCAUCUCCUCUUCGGGAACAACAUACCACUGAACGGUGUGAAGGAUAGCCCAGCUACCAGCACCACAAGGAAAACAAAACAAUUUAAAAAGAAGAAAGCUGAAGUUAUAAAUUAUAACAGCAGGAUUGGUGGCAUUUGAACUGCCCAUUUGCCGUUGUUACCCGGUGAAAAUAACACAAACUUGCAAUGGCUUUGGUAAUGGAACCAGUGAGCAAAUGGACCACAAGCCAAGUGGUGAACUGGAUGAAAGGGCUGGAUGACUGUCUCCAGCAGUACAUCGGGAACUUUGAGCGGGAGAAGGUGGGCGGAGACCAGCUGCUGCGCAUCACCCAUCAGGAGCUGGAGGAUUUGGGCGUGUCCCGCAUCGGACACCAGGAGCUGAUCCUGGAGGCGGUCGACCUGCUGUGCGCUCUGAACUAUGGCUUGGAGACGGAGAACCUGAAGACGCUGUCCCACAGGCUCAACGCCUCCGCCAAGAACCUGCAGAACUUCAUCACGGGACGCCGGCGCAGUGGCCAUUACGAGGGCCGGACCUCGCGCAAGCUGCCCAAUGACUUCCUCACGUCUGUGGUGGACCUCAUCGGCGCAGCCAAAAGCCUUCUGGCGUGGCUGGAUAGGUGCUACUUCUUUUUCAGAUCUCCCUUUGCUGCAGUGACAGACUACUCUGGGACCAGGAACAAUGUAAUCCAGCUGUGUCUGGAGCUCACAACCAUUGUACAGCAGGAUUGCACGGUGUACGAAACAGAGAACAAGAUUUUGCAUGUGUGUAAAACGCUGUCUGGAGUGUGCGACCACAUCAUCUCCCUGUCCUCCGACCCCCUCGUGUCCCAGGCCGCCCACCUGGAAGUGGUCCAGUUGACCAACAUCAACCCCACCGACGGACUGGGCAUGUACAUCAAGUCAACUUAUGAUGGGUUGCAUGUCAUCACUGGGACCACAGAAGGAUCCCCAGCUGACCGCUGUAAGAAGAUUCAUGCGGGGGAUGAGGUCAUCCAGGUCAACCACCAAACGGUGGUGGGAUGGCAGUUGAAAAACUUGGUAAACUCUCUGCGCGGAGACCCCAGUGGUGUGAUGUUAACUGUGAAAAAACGACCCCAGAGUACAUUAACAUCUGCACCAGCGUUACUAAAGAACAUGAGAUGGAAGCCCCUUGCCCUGCAGCCAAUCGUCCCACAGAGCCCCACCAGUAGCGUGGCCACGCCCUCCAGCACGUUCAGCACUCCGUCCCGGCAGGAAAACUCCGCCCUACAGGAUCUUUUCAUUCCUCCCCCACCUGCAGAGCCCUACACCCCCAGGGAUGAGAAGGGGAACCUGCCUGGGGAUGACAUGGUGCAUCACCACACCGGCGUUCCCGUGGCAAAGGGCUCUGAAUCUCCCAACUCCUUCCUGGACCAGGAGUACAGAAAGCAGUUCACCCUGAUCGACGAGGACACGGUGCUCUACUGCUACGAGUACGACAAGAACCAGAGUUCACCUCAGGGACAGAGGGACGGCAAUCCCACAUAUGGCAGACUAAGGCCCAUCUCUAUGCCUGUGGAGUACAAAUGGGUGGGAGACUAUGAGGAUCCUGCCAAGCUGAGGAGAGAAAGCAGGAGAGAGAACUCCCUCCUGCGGUACGUGAGCGUGGACAAGGCUCCGGCCGAGGAGCACUUAACGGGGCGCAGCAGCAAGCGGUCCAGGAGGAAGGGGGACCGGGGCGCCAGCCCCAGCCAGUACACCCAGCUCCCCUCCUUACAGAUGGAGAUGCUGAGACAGGAGUCCAUGUCCACCCCCAGCUCCGAGUCCAGCUCCCUCUACCACACGUUUCAUCGGUCUUCACUGCUGUCAAGGUCCAAGAAGAACAAAGGGCCCUUGGCCUCCAUCAGCAAGCGUCGGAUCUCCUGCAAGGACCUGGGGCACGGGGACUGCGAGGGCUGGCUCUGGAAGAAGAGGGACGCGAGGAGCUACUUCUCCCAGAAGUGGAAGAAGUACUGGUUCGUCCUGAAGGACGCCUGCCUGUACUGGUAUAUGAAUGAAGAGGAUGAGAAGGCUGAGGGCUUUGUCAGUCUCCCAGAGUUCAACAUUGAUCGCGCCAGCGAGUGUCGCAAGAAGUAUGCUUUCAAGGCCUGCCAUCCCAAGAUCAAGAGUUUUUAUUUUGCGGCAGACAGCAUGGAUGACAUGGACAGGUGGCUGAGUCGGCUCAGCAUGGCAGCGGGGGGCUACAUGGAGAGGGAGGUGAUCAGGCAGGAUCAAGACUACUGGAGUGAGAGUGAGCAGGAGGACAAUGAGACGCCCUCUACGCCCAAACAGGACAGUCCCCCGCCCCCCUACGGCACUUACCCCCACACCAGCCUAAUGACCGAGGGCAGCCCUUACCUGGAGCCCAAACACGGCCGCCUGCCCUCCGUGGAGACGGCCCACUCCCCGCGGGAGGAGUUCCACCCCCAGGCCCUGCCGGACAGCUGCGGAGGCUCCCCCGCCCGCAGCUCCACCAGCCAGCGGCGCUCCUGGCAGGACCUGAUCGAGACGCCGCUCACCAGCUCGGGCCUGCACUUCCUGCAGACGCUGCCGGCGGAGGACCCCCCUCCGCAGGGGCCCGGCGGGGGCCUGUCCCCGGAGCCCCGCCGCCAGUCCACCCUCCCCGCCCAGCGCAGCCUGCUGCGCGACCACUACGGCCCCCUCCCGCCGCCCGACGGCCAGAGGGUGCGGGAGCUGUGGGGCGCCGGGGAGAAGCCCCGGAGCUUCACCCUGCCGCGAGACGGGGAUCUCUACGCCCUGCUCACGCCUUCGGCCGGCACCUCCGCCUGCAAGGACCCGCACGGGUACCAGGCCGGGCUGAGCCGAGACAGAGGUGAGCAGGAGGACCGGCAGCAUGCAGACUCUCUGCAGGACCUGUACAGGGCCCUGGAGCGGGCGAACCUGUCCCCCAUGGGCGAGCGCAGGCUGUCCACCAAACUGGAGUACAAGCGCUCCUUUGUCCGACGCUGUAACAAUCAACAGCUCAACGAUAAGCUUCACCGCCUGCAAAUCCUUCAGAGUUCGCUGAAGCAGGAUGUACAGCUGCCUGAUACGGAGCCCCCAUCCAGAUACUGAAACAAGCUGGUUGCAUGGCCCCCCAAGCGAGCUAUCGUGCUACGGGCCUUCCUUUCUGCCCCACAACGCACCUUGACGGAACAGCAUUGAGAGACAGUGAUAUUGUGAGGCAGCCUCUGCCCCUCUGUCCAACACAGUUUGUGAAGAAGAAGAAGGAGAUAUACAAUACCACUUUGUGGUAACUUUUCCUCUGCAUUCGACCCAUCCUAGUUACUUAGGAGCAGUGGGGCAGCCACAGUGCAGCACCCGGCGAGCAAAGUGGGUUUUAAAGGCCUCGCUCGAGGGCCCGACAACUGUACGGAUCUUAUCACGGCUACACCGGGGCUUGAACCACCAAACUUCCGGGUCCCAGUCUUGUACCUUAGCCACCAUGCUACAGGCUGCCCCCAAUAUUAUGUGUGUGUGUGUGUGUGUGUGUGUGUGUGUAUGUGCGCGUGUGUGUGUGCUUGCGUGUUUGUGUGCACGCGUGUGUGUGUGUGUGUGAGUCAUACGUCACACAUUCCCGUGCCCCGCGGGUCUCUCAGCCUCCUGACUGAAACGUUUUCUUUUUCCCAUUUGGUCCUGUAUCUCACAACACGAAAAAUGUUGCAGUUAGUGCUGAUACUAACCUACAUAUUUGCCCAGCUACACGGAGGCCACCUCUAGUGUGGGGGACAGAAUACCUCCCUCUGUGGAGGGCCACUAUGACAUUCGAACAGGAAAGUCACAUCCCAUCUUUAAAUUAAAUUCUCAAAUUUGACAGUGCCUUCAUAUGAAACACAAAUCAAACCAUUGCUUUUCUUUUUAAAUACAGAAGUUAUAGAUUUUCUAAAUCUGAUUCUUGAUCUUGAUCAUAUCUAAAACAAAAAUCAUAUUUUGAACCAUUGAUAAACCCUCCCAUGAGAUGGAAACCUCAGAUAAUUGUCCCCAUGUCAGAUGUUCAGAUCACUGCCGUCUUGCAAAAUAAGUCUAAAAUCUUCUACCUUGCUCAAGCAGUAAGAAGCCCCAGAGUGUUCCCAUUCCUCGACAGGUGUAAAUGCGUCUGCCAAAUGACUAAAAUGUAAAUGUAAAUGUAAAUGGUUCAGAGACCCUGAUGUGCGUCCUGCUCCCUGCUCCUGCUGGUCCUGUAGAGCAGGACGCAGGGUGUCCCAUUUUUUUUGGCUUAGUUUUGGUUAAAUGAAAAAAAAAAAAAAAACGGGUCCAGCCACUCUCCAGGACCCAGGUUGCAGGCACGUGAGCUUAACAGAAUAACGCUUUACUCCAGAUUCCCAGUCGUGAACAAGCUGUUCUUUUUCAAGGGCAGUACUCCCAACAGGGAACGUCAGGCUCCGACCUGCUACAGACAUCGCUGCUAUGUUUGACAGUGCUUCGCACACAACAUUCUUCAGUAAUCCAGACAUCAUAACAGUUAUUAUUGUAUAUUGUCCUAUUACAAGCUUUCGGGAGUCUCUCUAAUAUAGGGGUGGGCAUGGAGGGCCGUAUCAGUUUCAUGACCGCUUCUGUUCUUUAUUUAAUCAGCCACUCAAAAUGAAUGUUGAUAAAUUCUUUAUAAACCCAUGAGUCAAUGUUUUACUGUGCUCUAAUCAAUGAGUAAACUGGCAUUGUUGUAUAUAAUUAGCUAACUGAGCCAGGGUAAUUGGUGAAAGCAAAAACCUGCAUGUUCUCCUAGCCCUCCAGGAAUGGCAUUGCCCGCCCCUGCUGUACUUGGUGAUCUGUAAUUGUUUUAAAAACAUAAGGUAUACCCAAAGCCUUCAUUACCUUUGUAAAGGGAGAUGCCCUCAUUGAAACGCAUCUCUACAGGAAAAACAGAUCAAAUGGAUAAUUUCUGCGGUCUCGCCAUCUUUCAUUCCGUUCCAGUCUUCAGUAUUCUGAGGAGUGUAGAAUCAAAACUUAACUCUUUGGAAUCAAACAAAGAAUGACUCGACACACCUUUGGACAAUUUCUGACAACAUGUGUUUAGUCAUUUUUUUCGUAAUAUAAUAUUUAUAUGGAAAGGUAAAAGUUUUCCAUUUUGUUUGCUCUGUGCAAUGUGUCCGUACGUGAGGGAACCCGCGUUGAGUCCUCAGUGUUGCUCCUCUCCAUCUGGCUCUCGUGAAAAUGUGCGCUGUUCUCUCCUAAAUUCGGUGUUCUUCCUUGCACGUACAGAGAUGGAUAUCAGUUGGCAAUAAUAAACCUAGAUAUAUCAAGCUGUUAAAACAUAUAUUAAACUAAAAAAGGGUCUAUUUUUGUAUGUGAGAUAUUUAUCUGAAUGCUUCGGAGUCAUUUUGUAUUUCUAAGGCUUGUGAGCCUCAGUCAGAUGUCUCUGACCAGGCUUUUUCUCGUCUUGGUUUUGUGCAAAUUAUUUGACUUUGUAUAAAAUAUUUGAACAUGUUGUUCCCUCUCUGUAAAAAAAAAAAUGUGAAUUUGAAGUGCUUUCAAGCUCAUGUCUCAGUGUCAAAAAUCUGGUUUUAUGAAUAAAUUGUUCAAUGCUUA